UCCUAAUAUUCUGAUUAUACGCAAAGAUAAUUUACCAAAUUAUUGAUAUCAAGGAUAAGAUAAUUUAAAGUAAUUAAAUGAACACGACAGUAAAAUUCUGUGCAACUUUCACAAAAGGUCUAAAGAAGGAAUCUUGCUUUUCCUUUGUCCUCAAUAUCCUGAAACUCUCAUCGCAAUGGACAGAUCGCGAGAUGAGGUGGCUCCUUUGUUUCAUGUAAAUUCGGGAAUUUUCGUUCCCGCAAAGACUUCCGCAAAAUUUUGGGAAUUUCUGUCCUUCCACAAUUGGAAAUCUUAUCGAUCGUGAUCGCUAUGCGAGAACGCACAUGAUCUUUCCAAUUGAUCGCGAUUGGUCGCGAUCGUUACAGGAGAACGAAAUACAGGAAAACGAAAUUGAAUCCAGAAGAAGCUAAAUGAACGGUAAACGGCGGAGAGUGUCCUCACGAUGCAGACAGAAUGCGCAAGGACGUAUGGGCGUGCGGUGCACGUUGGACACUCUGCCGCUGGAAAUCCUGAGCAUCAUUCUGAGGAUGCUAUCCUUGCACGAUGUUGCUUGCAUCAUUCGUCUAGUCUCCAGACGUUGCUCCGACAUUGCCGCCACAGUGUUGAACAGCGAAUUUUUAGUAGCUGGCACCAAGCUGGAGAUUGCGAUAAAACGCAUGGAGAAUCUUACGAACAAUGUAAAGACUAACAUGGAGUUGUUGGAGUGCAACAGAAUCUUCAACGCGCUGGAACUCAUUCAGUCUCAGUACCGAAUGUUAAAAGCGGUCACUUGGCGGUAUACGCAUUCAAGAUCACGCGACUUCCCCACUUCAUGCUUCUACGGCGGCAGAGUCCUCGACAAUCUCAAAUGCCUGCUGCAGACGGUUCUGGGAUCCUGUCAAGAAUUCUCGAAUCUCCUCAGCUACGUCGAUCUGCAGAUCUUCACACGCAGUUGCGAAAACUUCAUGGACCAUUUCGAGAAGGUCACCGAGCGCAGGAUGAACAGAUCCGCAUUAGUUUCGGGAUGUAAGAUUGUUGAUGUUUUGGACUGUCUGGGAGAGGGUCGGCAGGUGCUAUCCUUCAGAACUUGGUCGAGGACAGGCAACCCCGUGGUCAGCAUGCAGCUCAAGUAUGUUCUGAGACGCACGUGGUUCACGUGCUUACGAGUGCCGAACGCGAGCAACGAGAAUUGUUGGCGGGACAAGCAGCGUUAUAUGUAUAUGAGACUGCGCCGGCUGGUCGGCAGCUUCAACAAACAUCUAUUCCUAAGCAAGUUGCACUACGAGCGCAAACUCAUUCUUCGAGUGACGGCGCCCUUUGUACCACUUCGAAGACCGCUGCCGGCCACCACGUACUCGGGAUACGGCGAAUACGGCGGACAAUUUUUCUACUACGGUAACAUGAGCAAGUAUGCCCACGAGAAUAAAUUCAAGCAUACGAGAUCCAGUAAUGCAGAGAAUAGCAGCGGAGAACUCGAAGAGGAAACCAACAAGUCGCCCCGAUUUGAUUUAAUCAUCGGGGUACAAUUACGAUGUUCGCCUGAAUUAGCGCCACUUGCAGUGAAGACGAAUCUGAAGAGCGACGAAUUCGAAGGCUACAGUACCGACUCGUGUCAGGAAUUAUACCUGAAGCUGAGUACGAAAUGUACUGCGUCGAAGGCUAACAGAUUGCCAGCCCUCUUUACCUGGGAAGUGCGCGGUCCCUGAAUAAAUUGUUCGCAAUGUCAUUGAGUCGUGUGUACCUUGUUAUAUGUAAUAUACAAUCUUUAGGAAUUGGAUCGAUUUUUACUGUUGUGUAUCCGAAGGUAAAAUAAUAUUUCAUACGUUUUAUCUAGAUAUAUAUUCUAAUUCUAAUAGUUCUGAUAGUUUUCUAAUAAUUUAUUUUUGUCAUCGAUAAAAUUAACUGUUGCAAAGGUUCCUGACUGCUUACUGCAUCCAUUGAAUUAGCAUCGAAACAAAUUGAGGAGAAAUAGACUCAACGUUUCGAAAAAACUUAGUUUUCAACUUCUAUCACAAGGAUUUUGUUUUUUUUUUGGCCAAUCCUUUUUUUUACUUAAAUAUAACAAAAAUCAAAGAACGAUAUGUUGUAGAUGACUGAAAGCAGGAUGCAUUUAUUUACAUUAAAACUCUUAUAAAUUGUGAAA